AGCAUGCAUAUUGGAGAAAAUUUAGUUUUUACUUGUCGCCGUUGUUAUAAAAGACGAGACAAACUUAUAAAAAAAUCCAUUUCACAGUUUUCAUUCGAACAGUGAUUUUAGAAGUUAAAAUCAAAUUUCGGCGGAAAAUUUGAUAUUUUAUAGAAUGAAAUUUUUGAUAAUUUUAUCAAUUGCUUUGCAAUUGACAAAUGCAUUAAUUCCUCCUCCAUCAAACACUUAUUUGCCAACAUUGGAUUGUCCAACCCCUCCACCAUGCCCAACGACAGUUGCACCAUUUAUUCCAUCAACAUAUUUACCACCCGAUUGUCCAGAGCAAGUAACGUGCCCACCACCCCCACCACCAAAAGUAUGCCCAACACCACCUCAAGUUACAUGUAAAACUUGUCCUCCUCCUCCUCCACCAAAAAUUUGCCCAACACUGCCUCCACCAGUAACAUGUCCACCACCUGUAACAUGCCCUCCACCUCCACCACCGAAAGUAUGCCCAACACCUCCACCACCAGUAACGUGCCCACCACCACCACCACCAAUCAUAUGCCCAACACCACCACCACCUGUCAUAUGUCCAAAACCACCUCCCCCCGUGACAUGUCCACCACCUCCACCACCAAAAGUAUGUCCUACACCACCACCACCUGUAACAUGUCCACCACCUGUAACAUGCCCCCCACCUCCUCCACCAAAAGUUUGUCCAACACCUCCACCACCAGUGACAUGCCCAGCACCUCCAACCCCUCCUAAAUGUCCACCACAAGUGACAUGUCCACCUCCUCCACCAACUAUACCACCACCUAAAUGUCCAGAAUGUGAAAAAUGUGGGGGCUACGACUACCCAAAGCCAAUAGUUCCAUUCAUUUCUCCAUAAGCAUAUAUCAAUCGCUUUGAUAAUGCUUCGACAAACUUGAAAUGUUUAAUUCUCAUUUGAUCAACAGCUAGAUGAGAGAUGUCAUCAAUAAAUUAUACAUGCAUAAAGUUUUUUUGUGAAUAUUUUUGUUUAAUAAAAAUAUUUAUAAAAUUAAAAGAAAAUAAAUUUGAAUUGCAAAUUAAGAGUGAUGAAGCUC